AUGGAAGAAGAAAAAAUAAGAGAAAGGAAACUAAAGAUUGAAGAAGAAAAUAAAGUAUGGAUUGAAUAAGAAAAAAAUAGAAAGGAAGAAGAAAGGGAACUAUAUAUUGAAGAAGAAAAAAGAAGAUAGAUUGAAUAAGAAAAAAUAAGAAAGCUACAAAUAAGGAAGCAAUAAUUUGAAGAAGAAAAUAGAUAGAUUAAAGAACAACGAUGGAUUUAAUAAGAAAAAAUUAGAUAGGAAAAACUAAAAAUUGAAGAAGCCAAUAGACUAAAGAUUGAAUAAGAAAAUAUUAGAUAGGAACAAAACAAUAUUGAGUAGAAACAAAAAGAAAGAAGAAUACAAAAGCCAGAAGAGGAAAGGAUUAAAUAACAAACUUAAUUAAUAGGUUUGAAAAAUUAUUUAUAAUAAUAACUAUAAAUUUGUAAUGUAAAAUAGAAUAUUGAAGGUUCAAAUCCUGAUGUCUUAUUUUAUGUUUUAAAAGAAUCAUAAUUAAGGAUUAAAAAGAAUAUAUAGCUUAUUUCAAUAAAGCAAGAGAUGAUGCAUUACUAAAAGCUAAUCAAAAUAAGGAAUAUAACAAUUUAAAAGUCACUUUAUCUAUUGACGAUUUUAAUCCUAAAUAUAAUAUGAAUCGGGAUGAUUUUUGUGAGAAAGAGUAGAAAGGAUCUCCUUAUGGAAGAUAUGAUUAUUAUUUUCCAAAAGGUUGUUAGGGACUUGGGUUAAAUGUAGAGAAAUAUGGAAAAAAUUAAGACUGGAUACAAAUGGAUGGCAAUUCUGAAGAAUGGAGAAUUCUAUAUCAUGGCACAAAAAAUUUUUGUGUUAAUUCAAUAGUGAAAAAUAAUUUAAAACCUGGAAAGAACAAUGGUUAUAAAGAUCAUGAUUGCAAGAAUGAAUUCGGGGAACCAUAGAAGGCAGGAAUUAGAAUUUAUUUCUCAGAUAAGAUUAAUGUUUGUCUUUCUCCUUAAUAUGGUUAUGCUCCACAUAUUUAAGUUGGUGAGAAAUAAUUUGCAGUGCUUUUUAUGACAAGAGUAAAUCCAAAAAAAAUUAGGUAAAGCAUUUCAAUGCAGUAAAUUAAUUAUUUUGUUGUGAAUGAGUCAAAAGAUGUCAGACCAUAUAGAAUUUUAUUACAUGAAAAGAAAUGA